AUGGCGGGCUCCAACGGCACCAUGUACGGCAAAGGCCUCUACUUCGCGGAGAACAGUACGAAAGCAGACGAGUAUGCAAGGGACGAGCCCCACGGCUUUUUCCAAGACGUCUUCGCCCUCCUCCUUUGCCGCGUCUGCCUGGGCAAGUUCCUCUACUCCGAAGAUCGGCUUGAUUCAGCAGGCGCCAUGGCAGAAGCAGGGACCAUCGACAGCACAGUCGGGGACAGGACCCGCUCGGCAAACACCUUCCGGGAGUUUGCGGCCUACGACCCCGACCAGGUCUAUCCCGAGUACGUGGUGCUGUACUCACGGCGGCCGAAGGCUGUUGCUCCCGAGCCCUUCAAGUUCGGCCUGGCGCAGCUUCACACGCAGCUCCCCGUCUACUGGAAGCACUUCCACUUGAAUCCGCAGACCAACUUCUUUGAGAUGCAGUACCGGGUGCGCGGUGCCUCGCGCGAUCUGCUGGGGCAGCUGGCGCAGGCAUGCUAUCCAGGUGGCCGAGGCCGCAUCGAGGUCAUCGCCGCGCGCCGGGUUGAGAUGUCCAGCCUUUGGAACCGAUAUGUCCAGUUCAAGACGAGGUUGCGGGGGGAACUCCUGGCCUCUGGUCUGCCUGCCUUUGCAUCCGCCGAGUUCUUGGAGGGCCAGGCGCAUGGGGGAGAGAUUCUCACCCACGCCUUCUUGAAGAGCCUGUCGGCGCGAGGUGUGGUCCAGACGACGAUCUCCGCCGAGUCGUUGGAGGGCGAUGUGCAGGAGCACCUCCUCUGGCACGGCACCUCACGCAAGGCUGCAGAGGCCAUCGUGAGAGCUGACUUCCGCAUGCCAAAGGAGAUAAAGAACGGAGCGCGGUUUGGCCGGGGGCUCUACUUUGCCGAGGACGUCGGCAAGAGUUUGACGUAUGCUCCGGCGAACACGUCUUCUGAUGGACGAACGACCUCGCAGUUUCUGCUUCUCUGCCGCGUGCUGUGUGGACAGAUGCACUACACGAAGGAGACAUCUGACCUGGAUGCGGUGGUCUCAGCUCACAAGGUGGGAAAGCACUCUGUUCUGGCGAACCCUCUGCGUGAAGGGGUGCGCGAGUUCGUCGUCUGGCACGAAAUGCAGGUAUACCCAGAGUACGUUGUGGAAGUCGCGGUUCACGAUGUCGAAGCCCCGUGA